GGCCCUGGAAAGCUUCCUUGAUGCAAGCUUGGUACAAAGAUGGGUUGCUUCCUCCCGAACUCCCCGUUAGACGGGAGGAAGACGAAGAGUAUACCCCUUUGAAAGACCUCAGGUUACAAAGCGUCGACCCGACACAACCCUUCCAAUCCCCCAUUCCUGUCCUUUCCACUUCGCUGGCUCCAUCUGCCAUUGAAAUCGAAAAGCCUCUUCUUUCUCCGAUAUCCCUACUAUCUCAGCCACGUCACUUCGGCCCACCUGCUUUAUUUUUCUCUUCAAGAGGAGGUCACAGCACUGCCAUCGUUGACGCGAGAGGGAGAUCUGUACUCAAAGGCAGGUUUAUGUGGAGCAGUGACGAGGAUUCUAAGCUGGCAUUUGCAGGCAAGAUGGGAGACAUCAAGCGCCUCGAAGCUUUUGAUGUAAAGGAUCGAUCUGUGCUUGUUGCCAUGAGGCAAGGAGGGUUGGAGGUAGUGGAUCUCUGUGAUGCCUUGUUAAAACCAGCCGAUGAGUCAAGGACGCUAUUGCCGCAGUUCAACCCACCCUCGAGCAACAUUAAUAGGCGAGCACCCUUCGUUUGGAAGAUUGGAACCCCUAUAAUCUCUUCAUCGACCUCCAUGAGUGCGCUCACCCACAAAGCAAAAGGAGGGCUUAGCCACCUUACCAGCAAGAAACCGAGCAUUGGAUCGGGAAAAUCGCCUGCCAACAAGGAUUUCAUGCUGAGCGAUGCUGAUUUGGAUCCUCAAGAUGAGGUCCUGUUCUUGGGACGCAAGGACGAUGAGAUUUACUUUUGUGAAAGAAAUGCGGGAUCAUUUCGGAUACUACGGUUGUCUCCUCACCAGUUAUGACUCACCUGGACAUUUAUCCUAUUCAUGUUUCGUGGAUUUAUUACGAAAAAUCUGUACGAUCGGCAAACAUACCAGACUGUGUUACAUAAAUUGCAAAAUGGACUCUAGGAACAUCGUUCUUUACACAUACGCCACCAUUUCAAAACAAGGAAACUGCUUGUACCAUC